AUGAAGUAUGAGUGGAGCGAUAAUAGCUCGGACAAGCUUUCUGUCCACAGAGCUAUUCCGGAGGGAGGUCUGAUCAACACUGAUGCUCAAGUUACCUUCGGCAUCGAGAUGGAGUUUCUUGUGCCGUACAUCAUUAAAGGCCAGCCAGAUCCUCAUGCCAACGACCCUCGGCCCGUUAUUGAGCUAACCGAAGAGGAUGCUAUGUAUAGCUCUCGCCCCUCGGAGGCCAUCCUUCGCCAAAUACGAAGUAAAAUUGACCAUCUGUUCAGUGGAACAGAAGAGAUUCACAUGUCUUCGGAUCUUCUUAUGAUGGGAUACCACGGAACGGGCAACAAGGAGCAUAAGAAAUGGACCCUCAAGGAAGAUCAGAGUCUCACCGAGUGUGCUUAUGUUCAAGACGAAUUUGCUUAUUCUGAGGACGAAAGCUACGCCGGUUGGGUUUCUGUCGAGAUUGUGUCCCGAAUAUUUCGCUCUGAGCACGCAAGUGACAUCGCUAGAAAUGCCUGGGUUAUUGGACAAAUUGCUCGCAACGUCCGAUGGGACAUCCGGUGCAGAAUCAAUGAUACCUGUGGUCUCCACGUGCAUGUCGGUCUGGAAGAUAGCUUGCCUCACAGGCUGCAUGGUUUGAAGAAACUCGCUACAGUGCUCUGGUUAGCCGAAGAUUUGUUGGAAAAGCUGUAUCAUCCAGCUCGUCGUGAAGAGAAUAGACCGCUAAACUUUUACUGCCGCUCCAUGAAGAAAUGCUCUUUGCUUGGGACAACUUCGGUAGCAGAUAUGAAUGACCCAAACGACGAAUUUUACCAGAAGUAUCUUCAUGAAAUAUUUCAGAAGGAUCGGUCUUUGGCUCUAAAGAUGGGUGAGAUUUGGGCAACAGAGAGUACGGAGCGCUUAAUUGAGCUACUUGGCCCUGCAUCAGGAUGGAUGGAGCGCCUGUCAUACAAUUUCCAGAGCCUGGACAGAAUUGAUGGCCAUGGAACUCUUGAAUUUCGAGCGAUGGAGUCCACCAUGAAUGAGGAGUUAUUGAAGCACUGGCCAUAUGUGUGCCAAAUGCUGCUGCGUAUUGCGAAGCGCCACCCCGAAGCCGAUCAUGGCGGUAGGACUGAGAGCGAGUGUUACCGAGACCUAAUCAAAGUGCUAGUUGAUCGCCCAGAGGGUUUUGAUACUUGGGCGUUCCUCAAGCUAAUUUAUGUUGAUGAAGACACCAUUAAAUUCUUCAAAAAGAAGCAAGAAUGGGAUGCAGAAUCUUGGGAGCAGCUCAGUGCUGGCGGAUCUCCUCGUGAACUUCACAACUAUACAUUUCAAUACCGGCCGUCCGCUGAAUUCUUCGCAACGAAGCAAAUGUCAGAGUACGGUUACACCCAGUAG